AUGAUAACGAAGGCAGUAGAAGCUAGUGGAACAGUUACUAUUACAACUGUAACCCAGCAACUAUUUCGAACAAAGAUGGAUUUUAAUGAAUGUUUCAUUCAUCCAAAGUCAUUCUCUUUAGACCCUAACAUUUAUACAGAACUUGUAGAACAUUAUACAAACGAGGCUUUAUGUUUUCCUGUUAAAGUUAUGGAUUGGAUUCCUAUGGACGGUUCAUUCUCAAAGAAUACAGAUAGUUCAAGUGCAACAUUUACAGCAGCUUAUACGCCUAUUAAUGUUAAAAGUAUUUGGGCACUAUUUAGAAAGAAAGACAACUAUUAUGUUAAUUUUGAGAACCCUAAGUUUAAAUAUCUUCAGCUUUCCAUGGGAGCUUAUGGAAAUAUGCCUGCAGAACCUGAAAAAUCAUAUGGACCUGUAUUUUAUGAAAUGGUUGCGAACGCCUGCAAUACAAAUAAUGAUAUGAUAGGAUUUAAUGAAGAUGUUAUGAGGUCAUUGGUGGAUGAUGGUAGUGUGGAACAUAAAUGGGAUAGCUAUGACAACACACAUUUCUUAUGUGGUUUUCCAACAGAAGUGGACUUUUGCUUCCAGCAAGGUCAAACAUCUACUGCUCCAAUAACAUACAAAUUGUCUGUUAAAGGACCUAUUGAACUAGCAACUGAAAAUGUACCAAAGCCACUUAUUGGAUUUAUGAGGGAUUGUUGCUUUGCCAUUCAAGUGCGUGCUAAUGGAAUCCCAAUAAUAAGAUUAGAUGACUAUAACUUAGCUACGGACGACAGUGAGGAAUAA